CCGAAGACCCAUUCGGCGCGCAUGGGGACUUCACCGCCGACGACCUGGAGGAGCUCGACAUCCUCGCGUCACAGGCCCUGAGCCAAUACCCGGCCACGAAUCGGGACGCGUCCAGUGAGUGCGCCUCCGGGCCUUUUCCCCAGAGAGUGGUGACGACCCCUGACGGCCGCGGCUUCGGAACUGCACGGCGACCGGUGCCUGAGUCUCUAGCUCCCCACUACCCUUCACCUUUUUAAAAAUAGGGACACCCCGAUUUAAGGAGAGGUUGUGUUCCAAAAGGCCCUUUGAUUUGAGGAGAGCUGUAUCAGCAAUGUCAAACAGCUGAUUUGAAAUAUAGAAAGCUAGUUUAGAGUUUACUGCAAUCUAAAGUUUGGGCCACUCAGUUCUUGGUUUUCAGCAGAGAUCCUUGGAACACUAAUACCGCCACCACCAAAACCAUCACUACCCAUUUCCGUGGGCAGGCUUGGAAAGCUUUGGAGCUUACAAAACCCACUGUCCCCCAGGGGGCAGUGCUGGAGGGGAGGGGUGAAAGGGACUUAUUUCAUAGAACCAAUAAAUGAUUGACCUUGUGCAAGGAUUGUGCUAGGUGCCCAAAUGUUAGGAACUGCAGUGGACUUAGCAAUGAACAAAAGACAACGACCCAUCCCUCACGGAGCUUACAUUGUAAUUGGGGAAUGAGAGAAGUCUUGUAGGGCUGCCAGAAGGAGAGGGAUUUUGAGGGCACCUAGGUUGCAUCUCUACUUGAGUGUCUCACAGGCAUCCUAAACUCAACCAUUUCCCACAGACCCAUUUCCUCUCUAGCACAGUACCUGGCCAAGCAAACAUUGAGAAAACAUUCAAUGACAGAAUGUUCCAUAUGACAGUGACUAGCACGACUCUUCAUCCAGUGAUACAAGGUGUUCAUAAGGUCCCCAGAAUAGAUGGGAUGGCAAAAAAUAAAAAUCCUACAGGAAAAAGCAGAGAAAGUAUGCCAGUUAAAGAUAAUUUUGAAUUAGAGGUACUUCAGGCACAAUACAGAGAACUUAAAGAAAAGCUGAAGGCAAUGGAAGAAGACGUCCUCAUUAAAAAUGGAGAAAUUAAAAUUUUGCGGGACUCAUUACAUCAAACAGAGUCCAUUCUGGAGGAACAGAGAAGAUCACAUUUCCUUCUUGAGCAAGAGAGAGCGCAAGCACUGAGUGACAAAGAAAAGGAAUUCUCCAAAAAGCUCCAGUCAUUGCAGUCUGAACUCCAGUUUAAAGAUGCAGAGAUGAAUGAAUUAAGGACAAAGCUUCAAAGCAGUGAACGAGCAAAUAAACUGGCUGCACCCAGCAUUUCCCACCUCAGUCCUAGGAAAAGUCCUUCCAUGGUUAUAAAGCCAGAAGCAUGUUCACCACAUUUUGGAAAAACAUCUUUCCCUACAAAGGAGUCUUUUGGCGCUAACAUGUCCCUUCCCCAUCCCUGCCAGACAGAGCAAGGAUACAAGUCUCUGGUGGGCAGAGAGGAAAAUAAGGCCCAUAAUCUGGGAGGUGAAUCCAUAAAACAAGAAGAAGCCCCCAAAAUUCUUGUUGACAGUUGGAUGCAGAGAUCAGACACUCAAGGUUCCAUUUUGAUAAACCUGCUUCUGAAGCAGCCUUUGAUCCCAGGGACAUCCCUAGGUCUGUGCCACCUCCUGAGCAGUUGUUCCGAGGCUCCUACUGGCACCCUUUUACAGCCGCCAGGAUUUGGCAGUGCCUUGUCUGGGAUUUCAGGCCUCAGGACCACAGGUUUUCGUGAAGGGUCGUUUUCCUUGUCAGCCCUGAGAGAAGCACAGAGCCUGGCAUCCACUGGACUGAAUCUGGUUGCCAGGAGUGAAGGUUCAUGUGACCAAGACCCAGCAGAGGGGGGCAGAAGGACCUUCCCACUCUGCCAGCUUCCUGGAGCUGUGCAUCUCCUCCCUCUUGUACAGUUCUUCAUUGGCUUACAUGGCCAGGCUCUGCAGGAUUUGGCAGCAGCCAAGAGAAGUGGAGCACCUGGGGACUCACCAACACAUUCCUCCUGCGUGAGCUCAGGGGUAGAGGCCAGCCCCGAGGACUCACUUUGCAACCUAGAAGGUUUCUCUGUGGCUUCACUUAGCAUUCUUCAGCACCUGGUAUGCCACAGUGGAGCAGUCGUCUGCCUGUUACUGUCAGGAGUAGGGGCAGAUACUGCUUCUGGGGAAGGAAACAAGAGCCAGCUUCACAGACAUGGUCAUGGAGAUGUGACCUCAGCCCCUAAGGGGAUUGCCGAUGACCAGGCCCAACAUCCUCUACUGAAUAUGCUUCUUCACCUGUUGGCUUUUUCUUCUGCAGCAACAGGUCACCUUCGAGCCAGCAUCCUGAGCCAGAGCCUUAAGGUUUUGGUGAAGUUAGCAGAAAAUGCUUCCUUUGAUUUGUUGCCCAGAUUCCAGUGUGUGUUCCGGGUGCUGCCACAGUGCCUCAGCCCAGAAACGCCCAUCCCCAGCGUGCUGCUGACUGUAGAGCUCCUCUCCCUGCUGGUGGACCACGAGAAGCUUGCCCCUCAGCUCUGUGCCCAUUCGGAGGGCUGCCUCCUCCUGCUGCUGUACAUGUACAUCACGUCAAGGCCUGACAAAGUGGCCUCGGAGAGACAGUGGCUCCAGCUGGAACAAGAGGUGGUGUGGCUCCUGGCAAAGCUUGGUGUGCAGAGCCCCUCCCCAGUCACUGGCUCCAACUGCCAGUGCAACAUGGAGGUGGUGAGAGCGCUCACGGUGAUGCUGCACAGACAGUGGCUGACAGUACGGAGGGCAGAGGGGCCCCCAAGGACUGACCAGCAGAAGCGGACAGUGCGGUGUCUGCGGGACACAGUGCUGUUGCUGCACAGCCUGUCCCAGAAGGACAAACUCUUCACUGUGCACUGCGUGGAAGUCCUGCAUCAGUAUGACCAGGUGAUGCCAGGGGUCAGCACACUGAUCCGAGGGCUCCCUGAUGUGACAGACUGUGAAGAGGCAGCCCUGGAUGACCUCUGUGCUGCCGAGACCGAUGUGGAUGACCCCGAGAUGGACUGUGCCUGAGGCCCGUGAGCAUUGCCAGCACCACCAUUUUCCUCCCUUCAUUAACUGAUUAAAAGCAGUGAGGGGCUGUUGGGCCGAGAACACCA